CUCAGUUCGGCUAGCGAUCAGUCAUCAUGAGUACCAAUGAGAGAGAUUCAGAAGCAGCCAAGUCGACUGCGAAGUCAAUGGGCUGUUGGCACACUCGCACAUGCAGGCGGACGCGGUUCCUUGGUUCUUAGACACCUCGUGCCUUGUAAUCUACAACCAAGCUACAGCAGUGCAGCGUGUGAGGCGAGUCUGGGUUUCAUCAAUUUGGGUUGGCACAAUUGGCAGGUCGGCCGGUGUCAGCAUCGUGCAGGUUACAGCCCACUUCGGGAUGCACAGCAAAACAAAAACGCAAAGAUCUGCGCUUGGAGUUCUGAUUCUGGAGAUGCUGGAGAAGGCCAAGUGAUCGGCGCACGUUGUCAGGCAGCUCGAUGUGCGUCGUCAUCAAGAGGGGCAUGCGCCGCGGUGGGUAACCGGCAGGGAAGACUUUUCGUGGCGCUGCUCGGAUCACAGGCGGAAGAGCAGCAAGAUCUGCCCGCAUCUGGCAGCGAGCAAAGUCCGUCUGGGCAGGGCUGUGAAAAUGCUAGAUGACAGAGGGGCACACGUGAUUCCCCGCACGACGCGUCAAAGGUUGAGCCCUACGCGACGCGACUUUCCUCUCGGCGUGUUGGCAGCACACGACACCGCGACUGGCCGCAUGUGGCAACACUGACAUGGACGCGACCGACGGUCACUAUGGUGAGUCUGCCCGCGCAGCACACG